CAGAGCAAUAUUCUUCUUCUUCUUCUUCAUUCUCUCUUCAAUGGCCAAGAUCCAGCCCCUGCCUGCGCCCCCCUCGCCGUCGUCCUCCGAUGAUCACCGCCAGGGCCAGCAGGCGUACACGGUAUGGAUGAAGUCGCUGGUCUUCAACGGCAACGGCUGCGCGGUGUACGACAGCGACGGCGCCGUCACCUUCCGCGUCGACAACUACGGCUGCAGGGGCGGCCGCGAGGUCCUCCUCAUGGACCGCGCCGGCAACGCCCUCAUCAGGAUCAGACGCAAGGGCUUCGGCAUGUUCAGGAGGUGGGACGUCUGCCGGUGCGAAGACGAGGAGGCGACGCCGUGGUUCACCGUGCGGCGGGCCGAGAAGGGCGGGGCCGCCGUGGUGAUGCACGGCGGCGCAGCCACCUGCUACAGGAUCGACAGGUGCUGCGCACGCAAGCCCGACUACAAAGUGAGCGGCGUGGACGGCGCGGCCGUGGCGGACGUCGCGCGGAAGCAGACGGCGGCCGGAGUGGUGCUCGGGGAGGACGUGCUGACGCUGACGGUGGCGGCCGAGGCGGAUCACCUGCUCGUCCUGGGCUUGGUCGUGGUGCGUGGCCUCAUCAACCGCUCCUUGUGAUGGAUGCAUGGAUGAUGGAUUAAACGGCGAUCAUCUCCUUCCGGUCCAGUUCUCCCUACCUAGGAACGUAGAUGAGAGUUUUUUCAGACGAACAAUUUAGGAAGUUUUUGCCCAAACUGAGGACAGGGUGACUCUUUUUGGUGUAUUCUUUUCACUUCUACUUUUUCCCCUUUCUCAAAGGA